GGCUAUGUCUUUCCUGAACAAGAGGGAUCACUGCAGAAAUGAGGCAGUGUGUGAAUCUGCUGUGGCUGCUGCUGUGCUGCUCAGGCUGGUACACUGGAUCAGGUUUUGUGGUUCAGGAGAUCACUGGCUGUACCUUCGAAAAAGAAAAUGCAACGUUUUAUUAUUAUAUGACCUUCAACCGGCUGACUGCAGUACAAUAUAUUCCUACAGAGAAAAUAUUUAUUCACUGUAAUGAAUAUCAAUGCAUUGAUGAAAUCAGAAUGGUAGCCACAAACAUCACCGUCAAGUUGAAUUCCAAACCUGGCAUGGUUAGCCGCAUGCAACAGGAAGAGAGUAAAUGCCAAGCACAAGUAAAUGAAUUCUGGGAACGUACCGUGGAGAGGAGGGUUCAGCCUUCCAUGAAGGUCUUCCUCCCAGAUACAGUUUUUGAGGGCUCCAUCCCUCAACUUGUUUGCCAUGUGUGGGGUUUUUAUCCUGCUGAGAUUGUGGUUUCAUGGUUUCUUAAUGACACGAUUCUGGUCAGAAACUACACUAAUGCUGUCCCAGUGGGAGACUGGACUUAUCAAAUAGUGGCCCUCCUCGAUAUGAGAGGUUCUAUGCCGGGAAACAAAUACACAUGCGUUGUGAAGCAUUCCAGCCUGCAGGAUCUCAUGACUGAGGAUUGGAGCUAUGGUCUGACCUCCAGCCAAAUCAUUAAAAUAAGUAUCUCUACUCUGGUCUUAAUAUUAGGACUUAUUACCCUCAUAGCGGCAUUUGUGAGCUGGAGGAAUGCAAAGAAGAGUGGUUACAUCCCAAUUCCAGGAUACAAUGAAGGAAACUAAUGCUGUGUCAGAUAAGAAGUGUCACUGAUGGAUGAUUUCCUCUGGGUGACUAAACUGGUUUCCCCCCAAGAUUGAGUUGGGCUGUAACUGGCUCUGUGAGCUGUGCAAGGAAGAUUAUCAUCUCUCUGAUGUGCCAAAAACUGCCUUAUUAGGAUACUGUCAUAUUGUAUAAAUUGGGAGUGCUAAUUUAUCUGACAAAGGUUAAAGUGCAUUUUUAGA